GAUAUAUUGCUCAUGUCUGAUGUUUUGGAACUCAAUCAUGCAAUAAAACAUUUUUUUUAAAUUGGAGAACAGAAUAUAGUUGCAAAAAAGCGGAAAAAGCACAACCCUCUAUUCAAAUAAAAGCAAGCAGUCAUUACAGGAAUACAGCAUGCAUAUAUAUGGAGUUUUAGUCCUUCUGGCGGUUGUUGGAUUAGGCGUUGUUUUGGGGUACUCAAGUGGCAUACCACUACCUGCAUGUCAGAAAAUGUUUCCAAAGGGGCACCAUCAUGCUUCCCAGAACACGACCGCGCCAUUUGAGGUUCAUAUAUCUAGAGACAAGUUUGCAGCGGGUAGCGUUAUUACUGUGACUGUUCGCAACACAAGUGACAAAUACUUCCAAGGAUUGUUUGUUCAGGCAAGACAAGCUAGCGGGGACAUGAAUGAACUUUUAGGAUCAUUCACAGUUCCCAAGGGUCAAAACCUAUAA